AUGCUUUCCCGUAUUAGAGGUACACAGAGAAGUCAUCUUCUUAUUCGAGGAUUCUCGUCAACGAUCUCGGCCAGAUCACAUAUUGGAUCGAGUCCCGUGUUUCUUCCGGAAGACGUGAAACUGGAAAUGAACGACUUUUUGAUCCCAAGAGUGAUCUCAAAGGGUAAAGAAUCAAUCAGAUUGAGUCGUCUUCUUACAAUUAAAGGACCCAAUGGAGUGGUAGAUUUGGAAAUUCCAGAAUUUCUGAAAAUCGAUCAGAACGAAGGCCGAAUUAACGUGCACGUACAGAAACCAGAGAUCAAGAUUCAGAGGUCUCUAUGGGGAACAAUGAGAGCAUUGAUUAACAAUGGUGUGAUUGGUGUGGCAGAAGGUCACAUGUCUGUCUUACGAUUCAAAGGUACCGGUUACAGAGUUAUGCUUGAAAAGGAUGAUAAUGAAGCAGAAUGGGUGAAGAUGAAGAUCGGAAAGUGCGAUAUGCAGGGGCUACCCAUUCCAAAAGGCAUCAAAUGCUCUACUCCGACCACCACCUUACUAGUCUUGGAAGGAUGCGAUAAGCAGAAGUUGAACCAGUUUGCUGGAAGGUUGAAGAACAUGCAUCCACCUGAACCAUACAAGGGUAAGGGUAUUUAUAUGAACGGAGAACAGAUACAGUUGAAGACCAAGAAGGUGAAAUAG